CUUGCCCAGGGGCAGCCGGGCGGACCCGCCGCCGCGGGAGACGCGCUCUGGAACUUCCAAACAGCGGUGCGGGAAAACGUUACCAUUUCUGGGCAGCCCUGGGAGGAGACUUCGGAUGACUCCGAGCUGCAGAGUGGUUCCAACAUCAAAAUUCUUGAAGAUCAAUUUGAUGAACUAAUAGUAGAGACAACAACAAAGCGUAAGCAGUGGCCUAAAAAGAUACUGAUGCAUGCUAUCCAAACCAUGAAAGCAGAGCAAGAGAUGUUGAAGCUCUACCAGCCUUUUAUAACGCCAGAAGAGAUAAGAUCACAGCCUUCUCAAGAUGCUUACAUCGCAGAUCUGAAGCAGGUGACAGAAAUGGCAUCCGAACAGAUCAGUGGAGCAAUGAAGUCUCUCCCAGCGCUAAUAGAAAGAGCAGAAGGUUUUUCCCAAGCGUUAACUUGGCAACCAACCUUGGAACUCUGCAAGCUGCGGCAAGAAGUCUUUGCUGGUUGCAAGGCAAAGGAGGAAAAUAAUGUCCAAAAUUUCGUAUCACCAGGAGAAGUCACACCAACAGACGCUGAUACCAGUAAAAAUCCUUAUGUUUUGCUAAAAAGAAAAAAAGCUGCAGAUUCACCAGAAAGAAGACGCUACCCACUUCGGCGGAGGAAGAUUACUCUCAGCGCAUGAAUUUCUCAUUUAGUGUUUUCAGAUUGGAAUCUCAGUUGUACUCUUGUUCAGUGUGCUCAGUCUUUUUUCUUAAAACUUCGUCUCCCCUCUAGUUCAGUGCUAUACAUGGGAGCUUCCUUAAUUAUUUAGUCUUUGAUCCUUUUAAAUAUUUCUAUUUUUACUGUCACGCUGAUGGUAUAUGAAAGCCUACACAUACCAGUAGCAUCCAAUAUCCAGCAAGUAUAUUUGCUGAUUAACUCUCAUUUUUUGCUCUUUUAUUACAGCAUUUAGCUUGAGUCCUCGUGCUUCUCAGCGUUUGUGCACAUGCUUUACGUAUGUGGGCAGUCUUUUAGUAAACCACUAAGUGCUCAUUUACACGAAGCAUGUCUCUGGAGAGGUUGGAGGGUGUCUAGCUUUCCUAAUGCACUUUCAUUUAUUACUGAGUCAGGUGGCUAUUUUUUUAAUAAAUAAAUUAAAAAGAAAUUCACACUGGAGCAUAUUGAAAACACCAGAUUUGAUAUGUUGUUACAGUUUUUAGAAGAUCCACACACAGAUGUGACAUUGGUCCAUGCUAUUCCACCUUUCCUGAAUUUAGGUCAGCGGGGCAUAUUUAUAGUCAUGUUUGUUUAAACUUGGAUUUUUAGUAAUUGUAUGUAUUUACUUGCAGCGUGCUCUUCUGAACAAAGAUUCGACCAUCCACAUCUUGCCAUCUGAUAUUUCGUUUCAUGUAAUCCAAUUAUGCAGUCUGGGGGUUUCCUGGACAAUAUUUCUGUACAUUACAGGAUCUUGACUUG